AUGGAGGUCCCUCAUGUUGACUACGACAUCAGCAUUAUGGUUAAGGCUGUGAAGGAAGUUCAGGAGCUGCUGAGGUCGAAGCAGUUUUCAACAUAUUCUGAGCUUGAUAAGGAAAUAACUGAAACUUUGCAUGGUUAUGAAUCUCUCGGUGAUGGUUUUGAGCGCUUUCGGGUCCAUUUAACUAAAGAUGCUGCAAAUAGCCAUGAUUUGCAGCGUAGUCUUUCUGAUAUGAAUGCCAGAUGCGAAGCAAGGCUUAAGGAUUUUGAAUCGAGUCAAAAUGAUCAAAUAAAUGAUAUGUUGCCCUUUGUUGGAAGCACUUCUCGUAUUUUGGUUCAUGGUUGUGGUAGAUUGUUAGCUGUUGCAAUUGCUUGCGCCAUACAGGAACGGAGCGGUGUUCAUUUUUACAUUUGUGAAGGACGUUCUGCAAGCAAAAACUAUCCUGAAGGCACAGGCGUAGCUCUACUGGAAAUGGCGGCACAGACACAAGAGGGGGUGCAACUUCAAGAGGCACUGAGGAAAUCGUGUACGAUUAUCCCUGAUGCUGGUAUGGGAGCCAUUAUGAGUAAGGUGGAUUUUGUUGUAAUGGGCGCAUACUGUGUGACUGAGCACGGAGGGUUGGUACAUAGUACUGGGUCGCUACAGAUCGCAACUGUUGCUUCAGCAAUGAAUGUUCCUUUUUACGUUCUUUGUGAGACGUUUAAGUUUGCUCGCAUUUUCCCCCUUAGUACGGCGGACCUUAAACAGCCAGAAGGUAGUAAUGACGUUCCUCUCGUAGAGUUUGUUCCACCUACCAUGAUUACGCUAGUUUUUUCUGACAAGGGAAUUAUGCCACCCUCUGCUGUGACUGAUGAAAUGUUUAGGUUUCAUACCGCCCGUUUUGCACCUGGGAGGCGCAAGCAGUUCUCUCCUUAA